GGAGCGGCCGGGCGGGGCUGGAACAAGGAGGGAAGGGAGUGGUCACGUGCGGCGGGCGGCCCGCGGUCACGUGACGGGCGGCGGGCGCAGGCAGCAGGGAGUUCUUAGGGAAGAGGAGUAAAGAGCCGGGACACGGCAGUCGCCGACAAUGAGUUUUCUUGGAGGCUUUUUUGGUCCCAUCUGUGAGAUUGAUGUUGUCCUUAAUGAUGGGGAAACCAGGAAAAUGGCAGAAAUGAAAACUGAAGAUGGUAAAGUAGAAAAGCACUAUCUCUUCUAUGAUGGAGAAUCUGUUUCAGGAAAGGUAAACCUAGCCUUUAAGCAACCUGGAAAGAGGCUAGAGCAUCAAGGAAUUAGAAUUGAAUUUGUAGGUCAAAUUGAACUUUUCAAUGACAAGAGUAAUACUCAUGAAUUUGUAAACCUAGUGAAAGAACUAGCCUUACCCGGAGAACUGACUCAGAGCAGAAGUUAUGAUUUUGAAUUUAUGCAAGUUGAAAAGCCAUAUGAGUCAUACGUCGGUGCCAAUGUCCGCUUGAGGUAUUUUCUUAAGGUGACAAUCGUGAGGAGACUGACAGACUUAGUGAAGGAGUAUGAACUGAUUGUUCACCAGCUUGCUACCUAUCCUGAUGUUAACAACUCUAUUAAGAUGGAAGUGGGCAUUGAAGAUUGUCUGCAUAUAGAGUUUGAGUAUAAUAAAUCAAAGUAUCAUUUAAAGGAUGUGAUUGUUGGAAAAAUUUACUUCUUAUUAGUAAGAAUAAAAAUACAACACAUGGAGUUACAACUAAUCAAAAAAGAGAUCACAGGAAUUGGACCUAGCACCACAACAGAAACAGAAACAAUCGCCAAAUAUGAAAUAAUGGAUGGCGCACCAGUAAAAGGUGAAUCUAUUCCAAUAAGACUAUUCCUUGCAGGAUAUGACCCAACUCCAACAAUGAGAGAUGUGAAUAAAAAGUUUUCAGUAAGGUACUUUCUGAAUCUAGUGCUUGUUGACGAGGAAGACAGAAGAUACUUCAAGCAGCAGGAGAUCAUCUUAUGGAGAAAAGCUCCUGAAAAACUGAGGAAACAGAGAACGAACUUUCACCAGCGAUUUGAAUCUCCAGAAUCGCAGGCAUCACCUGAACAGCCUGAAAUGUGAGCUGAAUGGGAGAAAACAGUAAAGACAAAACUAUAACCGUUGAGACUAAGUUCAGCAGGUUAAAGGUGGUUGCAGCGAAGAGGAAAAGGCCAAAAGUUCGUAUCUGAUAGUCUUCCUUUAUCUUACAAUGCUGCAUUUAUUUUAAUUAUUGUAAUUCAAUGUUCUUCAUGUAUAUACAUUUAAAAAAGUGCUUUCUUUGAAACACUGGAGGAUUCUUAAGCUGCCUUUUUUUUUAAGCUGCACACUGAUAAGCAUUCAGGUGCAUCAGCAUACACAUUAAUUUUCAUGUGCAUAGGCUGGUAUUUGUAGUUCUGCUUUCUUUUUGCAUAAUGUUGGAAAUCCUUUUUUCAUGCUAAUGAUUACCUCUUAUUCUAAUUCCCUAUGUGCAAAUAAGAAAUAUUUUGUGUUCAAAUAAAAUUUUAAAACCUGAGUGGCCCUUAUAUAUCCUGCAAAAAUUUAAACAUGGCUUCUCAAUGUUUUUGAGAAUUACACUUAUUUUUACACAUGCAUUUCGGAGAUGAACAUGAUAUGGUGCUGUGGGCUUCAGGAUCUACCAGCUCAUGGCUUCCUAAGUUUUAUCUUCUUGGAAGUCUCUUGAGGUUCUUGAGGUAGACACAGCCCCCCACCCCACCCCCUGUGAUUAUGUGGCUUGUCCUGGUGGCCCACCAUUAACCAUUUGGUACUUGCACUCUGUGCCACCAUACCUGUUCUGCAGUGUGGACUUGGCAUACGUUAGCAUUUUAGAACUUGUUAAACCUGUAUGAUUUUACAUACUUUGAAAUGUGUAUAUAUUUUUAAUUGAAGGAAUGUUCUUGUCAGGAGUGCGCACCUAUUCAUUUGGGGUGGGAGGAUCACGAGGGCCUUGGAGUGCAUGUACUUACCAAGAUACCUCAUGUUAACCGGAACAUUGGCUGGUUCAGACAUUUAAACCUUUUUAUUUUAGAACACUAAAUUCAAGUCAUUUGUUCAGUCCCUAAAAAAGGUUGCAGUGCUCUGUUGGUAUACACGGGAUCUGACUGCAGAUACACUAAUGUGGACCAUGGGAGCCGAAGUGAAGCCUGCUGUGUGGAAAGUCCUUUCACUUUUGUACCGAUAUUUCUUAAUACACUUCUGUGCAAGUUUUGUCAGUUAACCUUACUUUAUGAGUAAGCUAAAUAACCCAAAUUACAUUUCUUUAAAUCUAUUUUACUACUAUGGCACUUUGAUAAAAUGGUCAGUAACCAACUCUUCGCUGGCUGAAGGUUCCAUGUACCAUGUACUGGAGCAGCUAUUUUAAAUGUGUAUAUCUACGAAUGGUAAUGUUUUUCUUCAUGUAAGUGCCUGUUCAGAGUUUUAAAAUUUUAAAAUGCCAAAUAUUUUCAUGGUCACUUGCAUGUAGUAAUUUAGAAAAUAUCAGAUUUUGAAAACCAAUUGUAUUUAACCAGCCUCAAGUUGUGCAACUAUGAUGUAUAAUAAAGAAUUUGAAACAGAAA